ACGACACGCGCGCCUGGGAACACUGCUUCCACGCCAACAUCACAGCAGAGGCAGUAUACAGCUGACUGUGGAAGAGUUAAUACACAGUCUCGCAAAGUGUCGUGUGUGAUAUCAACUAUAAGAACAUCAUGUGUGUCUCCGUAUGCUAUCACGAGUGACAGAAGUGACUGAGUUGGCACCGCAGGAGGGAUUGACAGUGCCGGAGAUUGACACUCCCCAAAGAACGGUAAAGGUGUAGAGGGUGCCAGGUACCAGUGUCAGUGCCAGUGAGCCCUCCAGAACAACCAGAAAAGUAGAACUAGUGUCGCUACAGAACCUACAAGAUGAGUGCAAGUUCCUGGUACCGACGCUAUGUGUGGAACUACAAAGGAAACCGCGAGUAUACCAAGAGCGGUUACGAUUAUGCCAAGACCAGAUUCGUUGCAGAGGACCUGGAUGUUGAUUGUAGUGAUCGCCAUUAUGUCAUAACAGGAUCCAACAGCGGCAUUGGUUUCGAGAUCGGCCGCGAGGUGGCGCGUCGGGGAGGAGUUCUGCACAUGGUCUGCCGCAAUUUCGAGGCAGCCAAGCAAGCGCGCUCCGAUAUCAUUACCACAACUGGUAAUGAUAAAAUCCACCUGCACACAGUGGACCUCAGCCGCCCCCGAGAGGUACUGGCCUGGGCGAGGGAAUUCGCCGCCACCCACGACAGGCUACACGUUCUUAUAAACAACGCCGGAUGCAUGAUCCACGAACGCCGUCUGGAUGCGGACGAGAUCGAAAAUAACUUCGCCGUUAAUACGCUGGCUGUUCAUAUAUUGGUCACGACGCUGUUGCCGCUGUUGCAGAGAAGCGAGGAUGCGCGUGUUAUAAACGUUAGCUCGGCCGGUAUGCUGUGUGUGAAGCUGGACCCACAUGACCUCACGCACGAGAAUCUGGAGCCGUUCAAUGGGACACUUGUCUAUUCCCAGAACAAGAGGCAGCAGGUGGUAAUGACGCUGUGGUAUGCGCAAAGGUACGAUAACAUACAUUUCUCGAGCAUGCACCCAGGCUGGGCAGACACUGUGGCUGUCCGCACUUCCAUACCCCAGUUCUAUGAAAUGAUGAAGGACAACCUGCGGUCGGCGGCGGAGGGCGCGGACACCGCCGUGUGGCUGGCCAUCUCCAAGGCGGCCGUCAAGCACCCCAGCGGCCUUUUCUUCCAGGACCGCGAGCCCGUGUCUGUGCAUCUCCCUCUGGCAUGGACCAAGUCUUCCAUUGAGGAUGAGAACCUCUUCAUGACCAAAGUGGAGGAGCUCUUCCAGAAAAUCUCGACUCCAAAAACUGAGGAACCCGCGGAGAGUCAAGCGACCGUCGCACCUGUUCAGGAAUCAGCGAGUCCAGCUGAAGCAAAACCUGAAGAGCCAGUUGAGGCACCCAAGGCGGAAGCAGCGAAACCCGAAGAAUCGGUUGAAGCACCACCAAAAGCUGAAGAACCGGUAAAAGAACCCAAAACAGAAGCACCAAAACCUGAAGAACCCAAGACAGAAGCGCCGAAAGUCGAAGAACCGGUUGUAGAACCCAAAAGUCCAGCAACCCUUAAAACCGAAGAACCUCUGAGUGCGCCAGAACCGAAACCCGAAGAACCCCCUGUAGAACCAGUUGAGGAACCCAAGACGGAAGCACCAAAACCCGAAGAACCGGUUGAAAAAAACAAAAGUCCAGCAGCACUUUUAACUGAAGAACCUCCGAGUGUGCCAGAACCGAAACCCGAAGAACCCCAAAAGCAGAAAAAUGAAGAACUUGUGAAAUCCGAAGAAACGGUAGUUUCAGAUGUUCAGAAAGAAGCAGAAAGACCAGCUGUGACAACACUCCCAGCCAUGGUGACAUGUGAAGGUCCAGUUGUAUCAACCACUGUGACUGAGGACACCGUCGCGUCUACAGAUGAGAUGCUAUCUAAUUUGACCGACAAAUGCACUCUUGAAGACGUACCACCGACUGCGGUAGAGGAAACCCUAGUAGUUGUUGCAGAGCAAAGUCCAUCAGCUGAAAUGGAAAUCUCGGAAGCUUCAACAAACACGAAACCGGCAGCUGAGGCCGAGAAAACAGCAGAAAUUACAGAUCAUCAGCCAUCCUUGCAGUAGAGCCACGGUACAUUUGUGAAAAUUGUAACCGAAACACAUUCUUAACCUUAGGUUCUGAUAGGCAUGAUACAAUUAGAAGUAUGAUUGUUGUUAAAGUAAGAUCCACAAUAAUGGUACCAAUUGUUUAGUCUUAGUUAUAAUGCUUGAAUAUCAGUCUAGAUCGUGCCAUACAAAUAUCCUUAAACCUAAUAAAUUACUGCUGACUUAAUGAAGCUUUUGUAUCUUAUAAUCUAAACUGAAAUAUACUAUAGUUAAAUAUUCUUAAUUAGUAUAUAAAACUAGACUGUAAACUGUCAUGCCCAUUUAUACCUUAGUAAAAAAAGGAUAUAAGUUCUCAGGGGAAGUGUAAAACCAGUCAGUCUGCCAGCUUUAGUAUAUUCCUAAUUGUAAUUGGAUUGAUAGUAUAUCAGUUUGUUUUGAAAUGGCCAUAACCUUAAAAAAAAAAAAAAAAAAAAAAAAAAAAGGCUGUAUAUGAAUG